UAUUAUAACGAAUGGCAACGACACACGCGCACCCUCGCUACACAGCAUCGAACAUGUCGUUUGUCGUCGUAAGCGUGUUAUGUAUCUUCGGCGCCAUCGCCGCGUACAACCCAGAGGACGAAGCGCGCGUCGGGCGCCUGCCGCCGCUGCCGGGCACGCUCAGCUCCGUCGGUGGCGGCGCCGAAGAGUCGCCGCCCGUCUACCGGCCGGGCUCGCAGGCGUACGUGGUCUCGCACUUUGCGGAACCGAAGACGCCGCACGUGUACUGGCAGGAAGAGACGUCGCUGACCCUCGCGCCGGAGAAUAAGAAUUGCAUGUUGUGCGAGGCGCAAGAUUCUGGCGCGUGUUGCGCCAUGCCUUCCUGCGUGUACUGCGAGGCUACAGUCACCGCGUUGUGCGAACGCUCCACGCCUUGUCUGCGAUGCACUGUGAUAAAGAACCCCUUCUUCAAGUGCAUCCCCGGCGAGAAGUACAUGGACGAGUGCGACUCGUGCCGUUGCACCGACGGUCACUCCGGCUGGUGCACCAACCAGUUCUGCGAAUUUCGGGCUCUGCAUAUCUACGCUAUCAAGCUCUCCGACGGCGAAUUUUAUUAAGACUACUCCUGAAGUGUUUUUCUAAAGGACAAACAACAUAACGCAUUUAUUAUAUUCGUAAGCAUCUGUUAUUCCACCUCUAUACUUUCAAUCUCUCACGUUACAGUCCUUACGCUGUCUCUGCACAGCCGCGCCCACGGGUUAUUUGAAAUAUCCUCUUUACUCCCCAUAUUUUUGUAGUAUUACGUUAACUUAAGCACACACAUUCCUACUAUUAACUAAAAAUAAAGGUAAUUAAUGAAAGACAGUAUAGUUUCGUGAAUUCUUAUAUAUUAUAUUUCAACGAAACCCCAACACGUGUGCUUUGGUAAAGGCGACGCACAAACCGGAAUCACCGUCGAUCAAAUUCCAAUACUUCGUAUCUCAUUCAACCGACAUGUAAAUGUCGCACCGCACCGGCGGUAAUGGUCGGCCUAAGUAAAGGCGCGCACAUACAAUGCGCCGCUAAUGGAUGCAAAUAUUUACACCUCACCGUUCACCAUCGACGGUAACAACAACGCAAUCAUUCGUGUAUCCGCUACCUUUCAUCCACUGCGUCCUCGACCAACUCACAUUUGCAGGCGAUUAACUACCGACUAGGCGAUUUUGAAUAUCAGACAGGUAAA